AGAGAGAGAGAGAGAGAGAGAGAGAGAGGGGGAGAAACCUAGUCCCUUUGUGUGGGAAGGACACAGCAGGAAAGUGAUUUUGCGAUUACUUUAGCGUGCCAGCAAGGCAAGACUCUUUCCUCUCUCUGACACACACACACACUCACACACUUAAAGCUCACACACACCUCAAUCUUCUUCUCUACAGUGUGCUGUAUGCGGCUCCAGUUUGCUAGGUGUGUGUGUGUGUCUUAGAGCGUCCGAGUGGCAGCCGUCUGGCUUCUCCUGAUGAUGAACUUCGACGUCAGAACAUCCCCCAUGAAUAUUGAUGUGGAGGCUAGUCGGCUUCACACAGGAGCAGAAGGAGGCAAGAUGGCGGCCGUUUAGGAUUUGUUAAAGAGAAGAACCCACGGGCAGUUUGUUGGAAUCUUUCUACAAAGUGGAGGGACGCAAAGAAGAGGACGCCCUGUGGAUGGACUCAGAGCAGGCCAGAUGGAAACAGAACAGGGCAGCCAUGAGACGGAAGAAAGUCUGAUCCUAGCGCAGCUCAGAGCCGUCGCCAACAACCCAGACACUCCGAUCGCCACCAAGAUCCAAAAUGGGUCCCAGUCGCCGGAGGGGCCAUCUCCACAGAUCAACGGGGAGGGAAACUGGAACCAUUACACAGCCGUAGGGUCCGACGCAGGAAUCAACCCAAUGAAGAGGCACAGAGACUGCAGCAGCCCAGCCUUGGUACAGGGGCUGUUUGACCAGGGCUCCUAUAUCAACGGGGAGCUCAAGCAAACGCUGGAAGGCCAGUCGUUACUGGGCCGACAGCAGCCCAAGAGACAGCGUCCGGGUGACUCUGAGGUGAAUGGAGAAGGGGACAUGACUUCCUGGGAUGAAAAGGGUGUGUUGGGAGAUGGAGGCUUAGGGGAUGACAACGACUACCCUGAGCUGACCAAACCGGGGCAGUUUGAGACAAAACUGGAGAAGAGAAACUGCAACUUCUCCAACAGGGAUAUCUUCUCACUCUCCAGGAAUAAUUCCAAACAGAUGCAGAUAGCAAACGGUGCUACAGCGCCCCCUACCUCCAUGGAGGGUACUCCUGGUGACCUUCUGGAGAAAACUCUCUCUCAGUAUUACCCCGAGCAAGUAUCCAUCGCCCCGCAGAACUACGGCGGAACGCAACCUGCCGGAAACGAUGGUUCUCUAGGUCACCACCGUCCCAGUCCGGCCCGGAGUUCCCCUUCUCUUACCGCAGGAUUCCCCCUCUCAGCCCCGAUGCCCCCCUCUUCUGAGGCCCAGUCUAGGGUAGCGCAUGGCGGUGGUAACAGCUACAGCUCUGCCACGACCCCCUACAUGGUGAAUGGAUACUCGCAUAACAGCUAUGGAGGCGGGGAACACCACCACCACCAACAACAACAACAACAACGACAACAGCCGCAGCAGCAGUCGCACCCCCUCCAGGGCACUCCGGGGCAAGACCAGGAUCCCUCCGUGGGUCAGCCGGGACAGCAGGGGCCUGGUACCGACAACGGACUGCACCAGAACGGCACGCAUUGUUAUCCAGCCGGGCAAAACUCCAAACAAGAAGCCUUUGGCAAACCCAGCCAGGUGGAGUUUAACCAGAACCACCAGGGCCCCUUCCCGGAGCGGCCGAGUGCGGAGGAGGACGUACACGGGUAUGGAUCGUUCCCCAGUCCAGGAAUGCCGAGACUGGGCCAGAGGAGUGAUGAUCCUGGGUGCGGUGGUCGGCCAAACCACGACCCACAACGGGGCUUCCAGUAUGGCAUGCAGCCCCAACAAUCGCAGCAUCCAUCUGGGGGGAAUCCGUGUGGAAGAGACACCCUAACCCCCAAAGGCUCCAUGGGACCCCAGGGCCCUCUGCCCCAUUCCCAGCACGGAGGUGCCGAGCCUGGGUCGCAAGCGCCUCUUCGCUCUGGCUUAUCCAAUGGCACGGAGGAGCUUGGCUCUGUUUCUCCUCAGAUGGGCUGGAUCGACCUCAACUCCUCCCAGCCCCAACCCGGUGGUAAAGGAGGAGGAGGAGGCGGAAGAGGUGGAGGAAUAGGAGGUGGAGAAGGAAGAGCAGGAGGCAGCGACCGGGGAGUCCCACAGAGCCAGCAGCAGUGGAGGGGUUUCCCUGUCCAGCCCCAGCCGGAGAAACACCCAGACCCCAAGGCCCAGGGCCAGAUACUGGAGCCAGGCCCAGCCAGGAGGCUCCAGACGCAGGGAGGCUUUGUCAACGGAUCCCCUGGCCCUGGAUCAUUCCGGCAGCAGGAGGGCCAGACAGCUCCUGGCAGGCACAACACUGCCCCUGAGUGGCCGCCGCAGGGCAACUCCAAAGGCCCCCACAUGCAGGUUCCCCAGCAGGGCCAACUGGAAGGGCAGUUCCCUUCCCAGGGGUGUAACCAGCCCCCCCAGGGGUGUAACCAGCCUUCCCAGGGGUGUAACCAGCCUUCCCAGGGGUGUAACCAGCCUUCCCAGGGGUGUAACCAGCCCCCCCAGGGGUGUAACCAGCCCCCCCAGGGGUGUAACCAGCCCCCCCAGGUGGAGGGGAGCUUCUGCAGGCCCCCUGUUCAGCCUGAGCAGCAUUUAUGUGAAGGCGACCCAGACCUGGAGGAUAUACUGUCGCCCAGCUUCAUACCCCCACAACAACAACAUCCACACCUGCCACGCCCACUGUCCCACCCAGCCCUGUACGAGAGCCAGCAGCAGAUCAAAUCCCCCAACUGCCGACCCCAGAGUCAGCCCCAGCCGGGACAACAGCUGCAGUCCAGACCUGGGCAAGCCUUCCCAGAGCUCCCCUCCCGGUCCAGCGUCCCCCCACUCCACUCCCAGGCCCAUCAGCCCGACUCCAACCUCUUCCCUUACAGCAGUGCAGAAGCAUCCAGCAUGCAGGAGAGCUACAAGUUCAGCAAAGCAGCGAUGGAGAUGCAGCAGCAGUACGCCACCAGUCCAGGUGCCCCCGCCCCCACGCAGCACUCCUACCCCCCCCAGCACCCCCAACCCCACCGCCAGCCCAACCACAUGGACUUCCCCCAGUCGCAACCUCAAGUGCCACAAGGCGCGUUGUGUCAGCAGCAGCAGCAGGUGUACAUCAAAACCGAACAGCAACAUCCAGGUUCCUCUGAGUCGUGCAGCCAGUUCCAGCAGGAGAGAGGAGCCAGAGGCCUACCUCCCCCCCUUUGCCACCCCGGGCUCCAGGGAGGGGAUCAGCAGCAGAGACACGCGGCCCUCAGGAUGCACCUCCUCCAGAGGCAAGAGCAACAGCGCCUCGGACACCCCCCUCACCUGGGGGAUCUCAAACCAGGCCUGCGGCCGGUGAAGAUGGAGAACGGGCCGUGCAUCGAGGUGCCACCAGGGCCCCUGCACCACCCGCAGGACCGAGGGGAGAUGGGCAUGGGGGGCGGCAUGGGGGGCGGCAUGGGGGGCGGGGUGCAGAUCAAGCAGGAGCCCAACACCCAGCACCCCGUGUCAACCUGCUCCCAGAGAAGCUCCCAGAGGAGUAUCCUGGCAACCAUGGAACAGACCCUCCGCCAGUACCAGCUGUCGCCUGUCUUUGAGAGGAAGUCGCUCAGCAUCAAGUCGCCCAAUAAGAUCAAGGUGGAGUCUUCAGGUGCUGUAACGAUACUGUCCACCAACGCUGAUCUCGGAGGGGGUGGUGGGGGAGGGGGAGAGGAUGCAGGGCCGGCGUUUCCCACCAGUGGGAUGAAGAGGCACCCAGACUUCACCCCUAAGAAGGAACCCUUGCUCCAGAGCUUUGUCGACUCCCCUCUAAAACUCCUGGACACGCCCAUCAAAAACCUUCUGGACACGCCCAUUAAGACCCAGUACGAUAUCCCAUCAUGCCAUUGCGUCGAUCAAAUCAGUGAGAAGGAUGAGGGUCCCUAUUACACACACUUAGGGGCUGCUCCUAAUGUCAGCACCAUCAGAGAUAUCAUGGAGACCAGGUCUGGCCUGACUGGUAAGGCCAUCAGGAUUGAGAAGGUUGUGUACACAGGAAAGGAAGGGAAGAGCACACAGGGCUGUCCCAUCGCCAAAUGGGUGAUUCGGCGGGGGAGCAGGGAGGAGAAGCUUCUGGUGCUGGUUCGCGAGCGGUCGGGUCACAGGUGUGAGACGGCGUGCAUCAUCGUGGUCAUCCUCAUCUGGGAGGGAAUCUCCACCUCCACGGCAGACACGCUCUACGGGGAGCUCAGCGACACCCUGCGCAAACAUGGAGCCCUCACGCAGAGACGCUGCGCCAUCAAUGAGGAGCGGACGUGUGCUUGUCAGGGCCUGGAACAGGAGGCAUGCGGGGCCUCCUUCUCCUUUGGGUGCUCCUGGAGCAUGUACUACAACGGCUGCAAGUUCGCCAGGAGCAAGGUCCCGCGCAAGUUCAAGCUGCUGGGAGACGAUCCCAGAGAGGAGGAGAAACUGGAGCAGAACUUACAGAAUCUGGCAACCGUGAUGGCCCCCACUUACAAAAUCCUGGCACCCGAUGCGUACGCUAACCAGGUAGAGCAUGAGCAGCGUGCGCCCGACUGCCGUCUGGGUCUGAAGGAGGGACGGCCUUUCUCAGGGGUCACUGCCUGCAUGGACUUCUGUGCCCACGCUCACAGAGACCUGCACAACAUGCAGGGGGGGAGUACUGUGGUGUGCACCUUGACCAGGGAGGACAACCGCGAGAUCGGCAAGAUCCCUGAGGACGAACAGCUGCACGUGCUGCCCCUCUACAAGGCCUCCAACACGGACGAGUUCGGCAGCGAGGAGGCCCAGCGCGAGAAGGUGAAGUCAGGAGCUAUCCAGGUGCUCAGCUCGUUCCGCCGGCAGAUCCGGAUGCUCUCGGAGCCGGCCAAGUCCUGCCGGCAGAAGAAGCUGGACGCCAAGAAGGCGGCGGCCAACAAGAACGCCAUGAUGGACACGCCCAACGCCAAAGCGGAGAAGGCGGCGAUCGCACUUCAGGCUAAGAUGAAGAGUAGCACUUACGAAAGUAGCACUGCGCAGAAUGUCCCAGGGCCAGGUGUGAACCCAAGCUCUGGCCAGCCACCCCACCCUCUGGGCGCCCACCAACAGCAACUCCAACAACAGCAGCACCAGAAUGCCCUUCCCCCUUACCCAGGCUCCCCGCACCCAGCCAGCUACCCCCGCUUCCCCGACCACCCCAGCGCCUUUCCAAGCACUUCCAAACCAGGUAGCAAGUACCCACUUCAGCAACAAGCACCAGCAAACCCUUACCCUUCCCCCUUACAUGUCCAAAACUCCCCCUACAUGAACGGAUCAAAUCCAGCAGUCAGCGCUUAUCCCGGAUCACUCAACCCCGGGACCCCUUACCCUGGUUACCAGUGCAACGGAGGCAUGUCCCUGGACACCUACCACCCUUACUACCCUUCGAACCCAAAGCAUCUGGACAUGUACCGGCAGCAGCGUCCGACGCUGUACCCUGAGCAGCAGUAUGCCGCGCACCAACGCUACGGGGUCAACUACCCACCACGUUACAGCGAACCCGCUUUACAGGUCAACGGGUUCAGCAACUGUAGCAUGCGGCCUGGCGGCGUUCACCCCAUGAGUCCGUACCCCUCGUACGGCCCCGCUGGUGCCACCGACCCCCAGUUCCUCGACGCCCUCUCCCGAUCUCCCGCGGUCCACCCCGGUCUGGACUACGCCGCAGCUGUGAGCAAAGGCAAUCAGUUUGGUGGUUACCCCAACCCGUACCUCGCCCAGAGCCAGCAUAUGUACCCUCCGGGGCAGGACCCAUUCCGGAUGCAAAUCAAGACAGAGAUGGGUCUUCCCCUGGGGACGGCAGGCAUGGGGCCUCAGGAUCUUCCUCCUCAGCUGGGAGGGGACUGUCUGACUCCGACACAUCCUGGGUUCGGGCUCCCAAACGGCAGCUUUCAGAGCCCCAUGAUCAAGCAGGAGCCCGGCACUCCGCAGACCCCCACCACGCCCACCACGCCCCAGAAGCCCGAGAUGUGGUCCGACAAUGAGCACAACUUCCUGGACCCGGACAUCGGGGGCGUGGCGGUGGCGCCCAGUCACGGCUCCAUCCUCAUCGAGUGCGCCAAGCGAGAGCUGCACGCCACCACGCCCCUCAAGAACCCCGACCGCAACCACCCGACGAGGAUAUCCCUGGUGUUCUACCAGCACAAGAACAUGAACGAGGCCAAGCACGGCCUGGCUCUGUGGGAGGCCAAGAUGGCGGAGAAGGCGAGGGAGAAGGAGGAGGACGCGGAGAGGAACGGAGGGGAGGGGACGCCGAGCAAGAGCAACAAGAAGGGGGUGAAGCGAGAACACGUGGACACGACGGAGCCGGCUGGAGAACCUCCUUACAAGCGGUUCAUCCAGUCCCUGAUGCAAGGGUCUCAUUCUUUCACCACUAACACCUAUGUCAACUCAACCCCCUUCGCAUUCACUAAGGUCACGGGGCCGUACAGCAAGUUUGUCUGAAGGAACCAGAUGCAGGUUAGUUCACCUUUAGCCCUCGUGAAUAGCAGUGAGAACACUCAAGGUGCUAUUUUGACAUAAAACUGAGACCUCAGGCACCACUGGCCUCACGUUUGGAGGAUCGAAUCCAAACUUAAAGGCAAGAUGCAAUGGCAGAUGGGUGUGUGUGUGUUUGGGGAGUGGGUGAAGACAGCAACCUUGAGACCUGUUUGAUUGAUUUGUACCAUCUUACAUAUCAGGUCAGUCAUCUCCUGAGAAAUACAGCUUUAUUAUGUAAGUGUGAGCCUUCCCAAUAAGGAAGUAUUUAUUUAUUCUUUGGGUUUCUGUAACAAGAUACACUUUGUCAAAACUCCUCUUCUGGUGCUUCUGGUCUGACACAAGGACUGAUCUAUUUAACUGGACUGUUUGGCUGGCUUUACUUUUCUAACCCAACGUUUUAUACAAGAGAUCAUGGCAAAAACAAAACUUUGUGGGUGACCACAUCCACGGUGCUAAAGUCUAGGGUGUCUUUUUGUUAAAUUGCCUUCAAACUCAUUGAUUAAUAUGUCAAAUUUUUAAGUAACGAGCAACAUCGCUGGUUGAAAUAUUUGAACAUGACACUGAAAAUACUGUAUCAUUGACUAACUAUCAUCAGCAAAAUUUUAUUUUGUGAAAAUAUGUGUUUCCUUAAGCACUUUUGAUAAGUUAAAAUCGUUGAUAACACCUUCAUUACCGGAACAAAAAACACACUGCUACGGUGCAAGCAAGUUACUACUUUCUGAACAUUCAAGCCAUGACAUUGAGCAUGGAUUUGUUGAUCUGUAAAAACUGAUAUAAUGCAAAUGGAAUUUGUAUUGAGUAUUUUUUUCUGGUGCUUCUUAUACAGUUUACCAGUCCUUACUGUAUUCUUCAGACUGUAAAAUCGAUCCAUUCUCAAAAAGGUGCCGUUUGGAAUUGUACUGUUUCAAACUGUCAGGCAACAGGCAAGUUGUCUUGCAAUUAUUUCAGUUUUCUUUGUAAAAGUUACAUGGUUGUUGUUGACCGUUUUGACUUUUUGAACGCAGGUUCACUGAACAAACCUGGAUUGUGAAUAUUAGCCACAAAGUCAUGCAACUGUUAAAUUGAACAUGUUCUCCAUCUUGUUACAUGAUGAAGAAUGUGUUCCAGGGUUCAGAGUUAGUUUCACAGUUUCAAAAGGCAGCUGGCUUGCUGUGGGGUCUGGAACAAUUGUAAUGUAGAUGUAUGAUAAAGAAAAGUUGAGAUAUGUACAGUAAAUUAAUUCUUGUCAUUUACGCAAUUUUACAGUUUCGAUUUUAGAUUUGCUGUAAAAAAAAAAAAAAAAAAAAAAGUAAUUUCAUUGGGUUUUGACUUUUUCUUAUUUCACAUGGUGCUAUACUCAACCUACUAGAAACGUGAAAUGUGACUUUGGGGCGGUGAGAAUAUUAUUAAUGAAUAAUGUAAAGCAACUACUUGCCAUAUACCUCAGAACUAGUUUGGCAGUAGGAUAGUUAUUUACAACAAAACGUUACAACUACAAUAACAAAUCCUUCAGGCCGCAAGGCAAAGUUCAUUGCUUACUUUCGUUAUGCUUGCUCUGUUUGAAAGUAUUACUUGAACUCAAGCUUUGUUGUGAUAGCAAAAUCAGGGAUAUUUUCAACUAAUUUCUGUGCACGCAUACAUGUCCUGUGCUCCAGCUAGUUUCUAUCAGGGAUUUUCCUCCACUUUUUAAAAAUUCCCAAUGAAUUACUUGUAAAUAUUACACUUAAAAAAAACACAAUUACCUUUGGUAGAUACAUUCAUGAUAUUGACAACCUGCUUUUUUGUUCUUCUGUUUUAGAUUGAUGGUAAACUUUUAAGAAGUAAUUUGAAUUUAUGCACUGAAAUUGACUAAAGGGAAAGUGUAUGGCAUUGAAGGUAGAAAGAAAUGUGUUUGGUUUUGCCAAGAGGCAAGUCCAGGGCAGUUAUAACCAUAGAAGACCUGUGCCUGUGUAUAGGUAAUUCUAAAUUUAUUUAUAACCACUAAACAAUUGUAUUUUGGUUAAUUGGUUAGUCCCCACUUCCCUAACCCUUUUCCAUUUGAUUUAAUGUGGUAUUUGAUGGAAUAAUAAUUAUGAUUGAGCGAGGACUCCCCCUAUUCUGACAUCUUUUGUAUUCUGAAAGCACUUCUUUUUUUCAGAAAAUGUCAUGAAAGAUCACAAAACUUUUUAUUUAAAAUAAGAAAGUAGAUUAUUGUAAAUGUGUUUAAAAGUAAAUUAUGCCACGUUGUAAAUACCAUGGUUGUUUGUAUUGCAAAAAAUACAACUUUUUUAACACCCUGAUAUUGUUAUAUGUUAAAUGGUGUAGGUUUCUUGUAGUUUUGUCAAAAUGUACCCACGACCCAUUGUCUAUCAGCAAUCAUCAUCAUCAUCAUCUUGUCCUUUUAAUCUAAUUUGAGUAUUUUCCAAGUUGACAGAAUGCUUAUGGUUGAAUAACCCCAGUAGGGUUAGUAGAAGCUACUCUGUCAAACACAGAUCCCCCUUCCAGUUAGUUCAAUCACUUCAAGAAGUAAGACUUUUUUUGUACAGGAUUCCAUUUUUGUAAAGAAAAGAAAAUGAAUAAUUAGACAUUUUUCAAUGUUAAAUUUCUGUGUACAGAACCCAGCAACAGUAGCAGGUUGUGGUCGUGAAAGGCAAUGUUUCCAUGACGAUAUAGCGGGUGAGCAUCAUAGCCAUACUUGAAGACGCUUCUGAGUGAGCCAGCGUUACUUGAAUGACUUUCUAAGCUUGACUAACAUGCCAGAGCUCUCAGCUCUGUGUUAGCCAGCAGUUUAACACACGUUGGUGUUUCAGUUUUUCAGACACUAAAGGUUUAGGAAAUUGUUUUCUGCCUCUCUUUUUUUUAACCGCUCCCUUAAUCCCCCCCCCCUCCCCCUUCUGAAGAUUGGUAUGCUACAAAAAAAUGGGAUUAAGGAUGGAUAUACAUACUGUAAGUAUUGUAAUGUACUGAAUGCAGUUUAUUUGAAAGCUGUUUAUUAUAUCAUUCCUGAUAUUGCUGAGAUGUGGGUGUUUUUAAUAAAAUUUAUAUUUAUUUAAAGCA